UGUUCUAAUCAGUGCAUCUCUCAGUUGCGCGAGGCAGCACGAGAGGAUCUCGCUCUCUUUUCUCUCCGUUCUCCUGUGGAUGCCCUUUAACGGGACAGCUUUCCGCGACAGCGUUUUCAGCUUCUCUCUCUCUCUCUCUCUCUCUCUCUCCCUCUCUCCCUCUCUCUCUCUCUCGGACCUGAGCGUCGCAGCCGUAUAGAGAAGCUUCUUUCACCCUCCGCUGACCGGGAUGUUGCUGCGCGUGGCUCUCGUCCUGUGCGUGCUCGCCGGGCAGGCGCGCGGGGACAGUAAGCAGCCCAGAAGCUGCUCGGACGUCCGGCAGUUCUACAGCGGGAAGGGCUUCGCGCCGGGCGGAGUCCCGCAGGCGGCGAUAUCCGGUGAGCACUUGCGAGUGUGUCCACAGGACUACACCUGUUGUACAAGCCAAAUGGAGGAUGAUCUGUCCAGUCUCAGCAAGAGGGAGUUUGAGGUCCAGGUGAAAGAAUCUGGACGCACCUUGCAGACCUCGCUGAACAGCCAGUACAAGAGCUUUGAUGGUUAUUUCCGGGAUCUGCUAAACCGCUCUGAGGCCUCUCUCCAGGACUCCUUCCAGAGGGGUUUUGGACCACUCUUCUCCCAGAACUCCCGGGUUUUCCAGGAUCUGUAUUCAGAUCUGCGGCUCUAUUACCGUGGCUCCAAAAUCAACCUGGAGGAGUCUCUCAAUGACUUCUGGGCUCACUUGCUGGAAAGGCUGCUGCGUUUCCUCAACACACGAUACACCAUCAGCGAGGACUACCUGGAGUGCGUGUCCAAGCAGUCAGAGACGCUACGGCCGUUUGGGGAGACGCCCAGGGAGUUCAAGCUGAAGGUCACUCGCACUUUCGUGGCAGCCAGGUCUUUCGUGCAGGGGCUGGUGGUGGCAGGGGAGGUGGUCCGAAAAGUGUCCCAGGUUCCACUGAGUGCGGAGUGUGUGCGGGCUCUGAUGAAGCUGACGUACUGUCCGCAAUGUAGAGGUGUGGCCUCAGCCAAGCCCUGCUCCAGCUACUGCAGGAACGUGAUGAAGGGCUGCCUGGCCAAUCAGGCAGAUCUGGACACUGAGUGGAAGAACUUGGCAGAUGCUAUGUUACAGGUAGCUGAUAGGCUGAACAGACCCUACAGUAUGGACGCUGCAGUGCUCUCCCUGCCCAAGCGCAUCGCUGAGGCCAUCCUCUACAUGCAGGACAACCUGAGCACCUUCAACAGCAAGGUGUUCCAGGCGUGUGGUACUCCUACAGAGAGCCCCAGCCCAGAGGAGCCGGUGAAGAGAGGCCAGAACCUGGCCGAGGACGUCAGCAGCACUUCAGGAGCAGGACUGGAGAAACUGUUAUCAGAUGUGUCCAAAAAGUUGAGGGAUAUGAUGAAGUACUGGGUUCAGCUGCCCGGUAAGCUGUGUGUGGAUCGCGAGGCCAAAACCAGUGAUGAGAACAAGUGCUGGAACGGCAUGGCUGUAGACAGGUAUCUCCCUGAGGUAAUGGGAGACGGCCUGGCCAGCCAGAUCAACAACCCAGAGGUGGAGAUCGACAUCACCAAGCCAGACAUGACCAUACGACAGCAGAUCAUGCAGCUCAAAAUAAUGACCAAUCGACUGAAAAACGGCAUCAAUGGCAACGAUGUGGAUUUCCAGGAUGCCAGUGAUGACAUCAGCGGCUCUGGAAGUGGCAUGUGCAGCGAUGACCAGUGUGUCCAUGGUUCCCGUGUUAUGACCCCUAGCACAAACAAACCUAGACACUAUCCCAACCCCCCAGAGAACAAGAAGGUGGUGAAAGGCCUGGGCAGCCGGAACGUCCCCUGCAGCGCCCUCUACCUGCUGUCACUGGCCACAGUCCUGCUAAGGCGAUAAUCCACAGGCAUUUCCACCAACAGGGACUCAGUAUGGCACAGGUGGACGGAUUGAGGAGGGGUGGGGAUAUAAGGCAGGGUAGUUACUGCCGAAAAACGGAAAGAAAAAAAAUCAAAACCAACAUACAAAACAUACAAACAAUAGCAAAACAAGUGGAAACAAUUGAAUGACUUGACUUUUUUGUCACUAUAAGAACAAAUAUUCUUAGUUUUCUGUUCUUUCUGUCUCUUUUUGAAGUAUUCUGCACUCCUAGAGCAGUUCUUUUGCUGGUCUUCUACAUCUCCGGUGUGAGUUAAACACAUUGUGCACCUACGAGCUGGUAAUUUCUGGCAAUAGAAGCAACUUAUAUAUUUGAGUUUUAGCACCACAAGAGCUGCACAAAUUGCUUACUUGUUCUUGUUUCCAAAUUAGAACUUCCGAUAAUUUAUUUAUUUCAGUCGAAAAUGGUUCUAAUCAUGAAUCCCAAAGCAUUUGGACGUCCGGUAUGCACAAAACAGAUCCUAUCAGCAGUUACCACAAACAAAGAGAAGAUAGUUUGGGCCUCCAAGGCCUAACAGUGAUUGAAACCUGCUUAUGAGUGAAGAAGACCUAUCCUAACUUAACAUGCUUUUUGCAGUUGCUUCUCUUUGUUCGCUAGGUGUUCUUUAGCUGAUGAGACCAUCUUUUGUCAUUUAUCUCCAUCUCUCUCAUGCUUUUGAUCAAUAUCGUUACCGUUUUUCCGUCCGCAGCUUUGUAUGAACAAUAAUGGGCAGGCCUGCAGAGAGCACUACCUAUAUGUUACCACAGUUACGAAUGAAGUACGAAGAUACUAACACAGCCAUCAGCUUCUGACACAUCAGUUGCACCCCUUGGCAAAGCAUAGAGUUAAGAAGUUCGUACACCAGCAAAAGAGAAAGAGACAAAAAAAAAUCAAGAUGUUACAUAGAAUAGUCCACAGAAGAGACCCUCUCAAUUGAAUCAGCUUUGGAAUAUGCAGAAAGAUUUGUGUAUGUGUGUGUUUUGUGAGGUUUUGUGAUGAAUAAGACUACACAGGAACCAAGUAAGAGGAGAUUUUUGGACUGGAUGAAGAAGAACAAACAUCUUUUGGAGACACCCGUGGACGAUGAAGCAACCUUCUGGAAAGUUGGAAAGACUGUAAUUUACUGUGUGUUUCAGUAGAACAGCAACAUGCAGGUUUCAGUAACUGAUGAUACAAUCCCCUCCCUAAUCUAUCACUGUACUACUUCUGUACUACUUCUUCUCCUUUAACUCAAACUGUUUGAUUGUGAUGAUGCAUGUGAUGGUCUCGCUGCAAUACAAACCUUCAGUGAAAGAGUUUAUAUUUUUAGAGGGAAGUCUCUGAAUGGUACUCUAUAGACCAGAGAUCUCCAAAUCUGGACAUUGAAUCGAGUUUCCGGCCCUGUAAUUUGUAGUCACUAUUGAUGGCCACUGAGUGCCUCAUCUACCAGCGAUAACAAAAUCCCAGAUCAGAAAGUGGAUUCAGGGUCCUGAUUUGAAGACCUCUGCUAUAGACAGCAGUGGUGUAACAGUUAACCCCUUUCGCGGUUUGGUUCGGUCAUCGGUUUCUAGGCCACGGUUCGGUUUGUAUCAUGGUUCACCAUGGAUGUAACUUUAAACUAUAGUUUUUUAUUACACAUACGUUUAAUGCAGUGUGCAGUGUGCAAAUACGAACCAACUUGCAAAUACAAACCAGGUGUCUUUUCAAAAAGAGAUCAAAACAAUUUGUUUUUAAAAGCUCCUCUUAUACAAAACCUUCACAAAACAAAGUGCAAGAACAAAAAUAAGUAAAACGAAUGUAAACAUCAGCAAGUAAUAUGAAACGAACAUCAAGAGGUAGAGCAGUUGUAUCAAUCAGUGAGAAUGAAAAGUGCAAACUAAUUGUAAACUUAAAGUAAAAUAAAUGUAACCAUCACUCGUUUUUCAAGUUUCAUGAAAGUAGCUAGUAGAACAACUUGAGGCGUUCCAGCUAUCCGUCAUAAUUGCGAUGAAUUGUGCCUUCCACCGCUCUUCACAAAGUUCUGCCUUUGUUUCUUCAUGUUUCCAAGUGUACAAAAAUUCUAUACAAUUUGAAAUGAACGCAUAUAAAUAAAACUGAAAGGCUGUGAAACUGAACCUGUGAAGGGCACAAUAUAAAUAAAACCCAUUCGUACUAUUAUCUUACACAAUGAAUCAACCUAUUGCCUUUGUUAUUGCUUGAGCACCUGGACACGUCAAGUCUAAGUCAUGACCAAAACUGUGUAGUCGCAGAGUCCAAGUGAAGACUGUGACCAGAUUAAGUUAGAAAAAAAAAAAAUUAAAUUUGUUUGUAUGUCCUUUGUAUAUUCAUCAACCUGCAUUUAGUGAAGCAACAUUACAUGAUAUAUAUCAUAAUAUAUGAUGAUUAUCAUAUGUUCCAACUUUGCAUUGUAACUUUUGGAAGCAAAUGAUGGUGAGGUUAUUCUCUGUCCCUCUUCUCUAAAACUAAUUCCGAAUCACCACCUAAAGCCAACUGAAUUAAAAACCAAACAACAUGCAUUUUUAGUACUACAAGAAGAUUUUAUUAUUAUAACAAGAUUCUGCCCUGCACUCAGGAGAAUUUUGGACCCAGUGAAGAUCAACAAGUAAAGUCAUUAGAUUCUAACCUGGUAGUGAACAGAUUUAUUAAAACAUGUAGAGAAAGACUGUUUUAUUUAUUGCUGAUAUUCAAUAAUGAUAGAAUCCAGUCAGCUUAGAUGGAGGUGUCGCACUUGGACGGUCUCAAGAACAAAGUCCAUUUCACCCCUAGACCGAGACAAGGCCGAGACCCUGGACUUGAGUACUACAACGCUAUCUACGAUAGGCAAGGCAAAAAAAAAUGUUCAUUUCAUGCACCGUGAGCCGAACCGUAGGCUGCCAAACUGUGGAUUUGAGUUUCGGUUCAGAACCGUUCCACCACUGAUAGACGAAUAAGAGUGAGAGUUGAGAGGAGUGUUAAAGCGUUUUUGACUCUGGACUGGGAGUGUGGCUAUGUGCAUGUUUGUAAGUGUGUAUUUGUGUGUGUUUGUCUAUGUUGGCAUGUUUGAAAGUGUGAGUGUGUUUGUCUUUAAAGGGCCCAAAUCAUGAAAAACCCAAUUUUCCUCACUUUUUUGAAACUGUGCACAGCUCUGGCUACCAACUGUGCGCUCAUGAGGCAGAGAGUUUAAAAGGCACAGCGAAAUAAUGAAGCCAUCGACAAGCUCAAGACAAAAGAGAAAGUUCAGACAGCACUGUUAAUAAAUGACAUUUUGUUCCCACCAAAACGUUCUACAGGGAUGUAAUUGUUCUCCAAAAUAAACAAAUAAUAGAAUUUGUGAAACAAAAACACAGGCCAUGCACACAUAUUGCAGCUGCAUCACUGCAUAUUUAGCACUCACAGGUACAUCUGAUCUGGAGAGUUGAAAUUUGACAACUCCUACUGUUAAAGAAAGUCUUCCAACAUGACGUUUUUUAAGGUACGCAAACUUAUGCCUCGUUUUAAAAGGAGAUGUACACGAAUUGUUCAAACAGAAUAUGUCAGCAGCCUUGCUUCCAAUAUCUCCACCCAUUUCUGUGUCAUCCUCCUACGUUUUGCAUGAGCCUCCUUCAAAUGCAGUUGCAUGAGAGAGACGGUCAUUCUGCCUUUUUCCAUGCACACAGGUCAUAAACUGCAUGUGUGCAUUUCUUACCUAACACAUGGGCAGAAUGUGUCCGCUUUGUGUCUGCACCUGUAGCAAAAGGCUUAGUACCCAGUAUUAGUACCCAGUAUUAGUACUCAGGCCCAGUGUGUGUGUUGUUCUGUGUGGACAUGUACAUGUUUGGAAGUGUGUGUGUAUCUGUGUGUGGAAAGUUACAUGAGAGUGUGAGACAAUAGAAAUAAGUACUGCAGCUUGAUUGAUGCUCAAGGUUGCUGAAUUCUUCAGUUUCAGUGCCUGUGACUGUGUCUUUGUUCUGUGAAUGAGUCUUCACAGCCCUCAGUGAUGACUUCACUCACUGGUCAUGGCCCCAGAAUGUUUGGUGGAGUUCUAGAUGGCGUCAUAAAGUGCACUCAUUGAGAGCAAUGCAUGAAUAUUACAGAUUACCACAGGGGGCAGUGUGGAGACUCAGAGGGAACUUUGGGGUUUGCAGUCUGCCACAGGGGGCAGUGUAGGGACUCCAAGGUAAAAAUCCUUGGAGUUAAAAGUAUGCCAGUGUGGGGACUCCAAGCUAUAAAAUAAUUGGACUUUGCCAUCUGCCAUAGGGGGCAGUGUGGAGACUCUAAGGGAUAAAUUUGUUGGAGUUCACAGUCUGACAUAGGAGGCAGUGUGGAGACUAAGGGAAAAAUGCCUUGGAGUUCACAGUCUGACAUAGGGCACAGUGUAGAGGCUCUUAGGGAAAAAUUCCUUGGAGUUCACCGUGAAAUAGGGGGCAGUGUGGAGACUCUUAGGGAAAAAUUCCUUGGAGUUCACAGUCUGCCAUAGGGGGCAGUGUGGAGACUAAGGGAAAAAUUCCUUGGAGUUCACAGUCUGAAAUAGAGGGUGGUGUGGACAUUCUAAGGGAAUCUUGGAGUUCACAGUCUGUCAAUCGGGUUUAUGGAGACUCCAAAGGAAAAAAAUCUAUAGUGAAUAAUCCACCACAUGAGGCAGUCUGUAGACUGUAAGAAAAGCUUGGAGUUUACAGUCUGAAAUAGGGGGCAGUGUGGACAUCCUAAGAGAAUCUUGGAGUUCAUGGUCUGUCAUCAGGGUUUAUGGAGACUCAGAGGGAAAAAAGUCUUAGAGUUAAUAGUCUACCACAGGGGGCAGUCUGGAGACUGUAAGAAAAACUUGGAGUUUACAGUCUGCCACAGGGGACAGUGUGGGGGCUUUGAGGGAAAAAUUCCUUCUGCAGUUCCAGCACUGAACUGAAGGCCUCAUGGGACAUCCCUGCAUCCCUACAGCACACAUUCCAAAAUAUACGCAAGAAAAAGUGAGGGAUAAAAUGGUACCAAAAAAAUCCCCAACAUCUCCGUUUCUGAAAAUUUGCACAAUUUCCGCCUUCCUUGUUAUCUCCCUGUAUUUCUAAGUUUUUGUGCCACAUCCUCAGUGCUCCACUCCUUUUUUUUUAAGUCGGCUUGAUUUUUUUUUCGAAAAUGCUGCACUUUUUCUGACGCGCAUGACCACUCGUCAAUAGCACAGCACAACCUUGUUUGUUUGAUGCUAGCCUGAUGCUAACCUGAUGAUAGUGAUCGUAGCAGACCUGCCGAAGCUAUUGUUGAUCAAUGGGGAUCCGUCACAUACGUGCAUGCUGUAUUCACAAACCCGGGUAAAGUGGUGGGUGUCUUAACAGGGACUGUAUACAUGUGACGUGAUCCCCAGAUGAGCGCUUAGCAAUAGCAUCUCGGAUAGCAUCUCGAAUAAAAGGCCUGAAUGAAAAGGUGAGAAUGCUAUGCUGGUGGUUAGUGAGCUAAUUUAGUUUAAGGUUGGUUUGAGCUGAAUAAAAGUUACUGGGUAACAACCUGACUUUAAAGCCAAACCUGAUUUUAGCUCACUAGCCUGAGACUUGCUAAUUGUUCUGACAACAGAACUGGUGUCCCAGGGACCCUAAAGCACCACUUUAAUUGUUGAAUGUGGGUGGCAUUACUGAAAUGUGCCAGGUUGAAAGAGAGAACGAGAAAAAGAAUGAAAAAAAAAAUCGACAUAAAAUACAUUCUGAUAUAUGCUUUAUUAAUUUCUUUUGUGUUUCUGUUUUGUUUUCCAAUAAACACCAAUAGAGAGUUUGUGUUCAUGGAUAGAGUGUGAAAACCGUCAAGGAGCUUGACGAAAAUUGUGUCAAAUUUGCUGUUGUAUGUUCCUGGA